UCGAAUAUAGGCUAUGCAAGGAGAUCUUCUUCCACCUAUCUUCUUCAACCUAAUUUCAGUUUUCUGGCGGAAAAACUUUGAUACAAUUGAGCAAGUUUGGUUGGGAAACGUGAAUAUUAGAUUGAAAUCUCGUUUCCCAUUCGUUUCCGGGAUGAAUUCAGUUUCAAACACGUCUCCAUUUUUCUGAAACGGUUUCGGCGCGCGUUUCCCGGUUUCCCCGUUCCAGGACGUUUCGGAAACGGUUGUUCUUGAUUCCGAGCAUUAUACCCUGUGACAUUGGCAUUACCCGAAAGGCGAAAGAAGCAAUUAAUAUUCAAGGAUGAGCCAUCUUCGUUGUCUACAGGAUGAAAUGUGGCUUGAGAUUCUAUCAAGAAUGCCCAUCGAUUCACUACUGGUAUGUAAAUGUGUGUGUAGAAGUUGGCGCGAUAUUGGCAAUUACUUGAUGGAUUCCCAAUCAGUUCCGCUUUGUGGCAUUUUACUUCGGUUUGGCUCAAAUAAUAUACCUGAGUAUGGUACUUAUAUUUGUAUGCAAACCAAGAAGAGUAUUCUUAUGCAAAACCAUGAAUUCACUGUGCAUAAUGGGUACAAAAAGUCGCUAUUAGACUUUUCGGCUUUAGGUGAUGGUAAUUUCAACAACCCCGAUCCAGAGAGACGGGGUUGUUUCUAUGCUAUGCACCAAGGUUUAUUGCUCUUGUCAUUUUAUCGCGGUAUCUAUGAAGUGCGUAAUCCCAUUACUAAGGAAGUGUUUGUUGUGCCUGGUAAGAAACGUUGUUCCGAUGGUAUGAUGACGCCAGGUAUGAUCAUUAGACUCCCUACUCCUCCCGGCUGCAAAUGUGAUUUCAUGGUUAUUAGAUUGUGUUGUUAUAAUUGGAACUCUAUUGAAGUCUAUCGUUCGAAAACUGGUGUGUGGGAAAGAUCACCUUUGGAGUUGAACAAUGAAUUUCUAAACAACCAUAAUAUUAGCUUGAGUACUGUCAACAAUUAUGUUGCCCUUGUUGAUGGUUCGGAUUCAUAUUUAUUCCUCUUGGCAAACAUUUGCGGUGUGGUGCUGAAAUUUCGAGAUCAAAAAAGUCCAGAGAGAGUUGAUGAUCAGUAUACAUUUCCUUUACCUCAACUCGUGCGUGAAAGACUACGGAACACGAGAUUAUGGGAUUGUGGGGGAAUCCUUCACAUCUCUGGAAACGACUCGAACGGGACAUGGAUAUGGAAGCAUCCUGAUGAUUAUGCUUCAUCAACAAAAGCUGAUACAUGGGCGUGGAUCCCAUUAAGGAAGAUCAACAACACCGACUUUGUGGUCGAACCUUCUAUUGGCAUUAAUAAUCAUACUACUGUAUGGCCGCUUGCCUGUCAUCCUGAUGUUGCGGUUGUCUACUUUCUUGUCCAGUCUUCGGUAUUCGCUUAUGAUCUAACCAUUGACAUCCUAGAGAAGAUCACUGACAUACAUAAUCCUCUGGAGAAUGUUAGUAAAGUUGUUGGUUUUCCAUUUAAGCCGUGCCUAAGCUUGCUAAAUGUUGCCAAGAUUACUGACAUUGAUAGUGAUCAUCUCAAUGUUGGUGGCAUUGAUAAUCAUCAUAUGAAUAUUGGUGGGAUUGAUAAUCAUCAUAUGAAUAUUGGUAACAUAAAUAAUCUUGGGGGAUUAUCUAGUUUUUUAAGUUCAGCACUACCAAUUCUACUUCUUGUUCUAGCUUUUGCUUUAGUCUUCUUUUCAAGAUCAGAUUAAGCUUCGGAUAUUCAAUCAUAUUUCAAACUUUGUACUC